GCAGUUUAUCGUAAGGUUUUUUGCAUGUAUAAAUUCUACGGACUUUUUAAAAGGAAUUCUUUCGUUAUAUCGCUCGAUGGGAUUCACAAUGCACUGUCUACUUUGUGGUAGGCGCUCCUCGUCGAGUGGGAAAUACUUCUUGAACUUAUUUCGCAAAAUCGCACCGUCAGUUGUAAACGUUUGCGUGCGCGGCGUUGUGUUGUUCAUCCUCGGAACUUUCUUUGCAAUGGUUCUUUUCACGUUUUCUGUUUUACCAGAAGUACGUAGAAGGAGAAUCCAAGAUAUAGGUAUAAUUGCAAAGCUCUUCAGUGCUGUGUGGUGGAUCGCUCCGUCUUCUGGCACUGCUGCUGCAGUCGUGGGUUUGAUUUAUCCUUGUUCUGACAUUCGCCUUGGAAAACCGCACAAACUAGAAAGAGAAUGGUCUAGCGUUUUUAAAUGCGUGGUGUUAUUCCUUGGAAUAAGUCAUGCAUGUGCCAAAAUCACUUUUAACAGUCCAAUGCACAUCUUCCUCUUUAUGGCUAUUAGCUCACUGACCUUGUGGUGGUUAUUUGACCGAUCAAAAAAUGGUCUUGGACUGGCUGUGCUGGUAACAAUGUGUGCCUGUAUUCUUCUACAAUGUUUGAUAUACUUGGGAGUUUACAG